AUGGCCCUACCCCUUAUUGCACCGCCAGGACCUGAUAGCUUCAAGAAGUUUACUUUGGAAUCUUUGGUGGUCCUUGACCAACGCAUCGCAGAGGAGAAGAACAAGAAGCCACCCAAGCAGGACAGCAGCUACCGCGACGACGAUGACGAGAACAAGCCCAAACCCAACAGCGACUUGGAGGCUGGGAAGAGUCUGCCCUACAUCUAUGGGGACAUCCCUAAGGGAUUGGUGGCGGUACCACUGGAGGAUCUGGACCCAUACUACCUGAAAAGUCAGAAAACAUUUAUAGUGCUGAAUAGAGGGAAGACAAUCUUCCGUUUUAGUGCCACACCUGCCUUGUACUUCAUAAGUCCUUUCAAUCUGGUUAGGCGAAUAGCUAUUAAAAUUUUGAUACAUUCUCUUUUCAGCAUGAUCAUUAUGUGUACUAUUUUGACCAACUGUAUAUUCAUGACCUUUAGUGAUCCUCCCGAGUGGUCAAAGCAAGUAGAGUACACAUUCACUGGAAUUUAUACGUUUGAGUCUCUUGUAAAAAUCACUGCCCGUGGAUUCUGUAUAGAUGGGUUUACAUUCCUAAGGGAUCCAUGGAACUGGCUGGAUUUCAUGGUCAUUUCAAUGGCGUAUAUAACAGAGUUUGUAAACCUAGGCAAUGUCUCAGCUCUGCGCACGUUCAGGGUGUUGAGGGCAUUGAAAACUAUUUCUGUAAUUCCAGGUAAGACAGGAUGGGGUGGGGGUAGAUAUAUAACAGAGUUUGUGGACCUGGGCAAUGUAUCUGCGCUGAGAACGUUCAGAGUUCUCCGAGCAUUGAAAACUAUCUCUGUCAUUCCAGGCCUGAAGACCAUCGUGGGUGCCCUGAUCCAGUCCGUGAAGAAACUCUCAGAUGUGAUGAUCCUAACGGUCUUCUGCUUGAGCGUCUUUGCCCUCAUUGGUCUCCAGCUCUUCAUGGGCAACCUGCGCCACAAGUGUGUGAUCUGGCCAAUCAAUCACAAUGAGACUUACCUGAACAAUGGCAGCAGGGGCUUCGACUGGAACGAGUACAUCAUGAACGACACAAAUUUCUACUUCCUGCCUGGCCAAUUAGAUGCUCUACUUUGUGGGAACAGCUCAGAUUCUGGCCGCUGCCCGGAGGGCUAUACAUGCAUGAAAGCUGGUAGAAAUCCAAACUACGGCUACACCAGCUUUGACAGCUUUGGUUGGGCCUUCCUGGCUCUCUUUCGACUCAUGACACAGGACUUCUGGGAAAACCUUUACAUGCUGACGUUGCGGGCUGCGGGGAAGACCUACAUGAUCUUCUUUGUUUUGGUGAUCUUUGUGGGCUCGUUCUACUUGGUGAACCUGAUUCUGGCUGUGGUAGCCAUGGCCUACGAGGAGCAGAAUCAAGCCACCAUGGAAGAGGCCCUGCAGAAGGAGGAGGAAUUCAAGGCCAUGCUGGAGCAGCUCAAGAGACAGCAAGAGGAAGCCCAGCAAAACAACAUGGCAACGUCUGCAGGCACAGUGUCUGAGGACGCAAUAAAGGAUGAUGGAGGAGGGCAUCUGUCGUGCAGUUCCUCUGAGAUGUCAAAGCUCAGCUCUAAGAGUGCCAAAGAGCGCCGCAAUCGUAAGAAGAAGUGGCGUCAGAAAGAGCAGGAGAAGGAGAAGGGGGACAGCGAAAAGUUUGUCAAGUCAGAGUCAGACGACGGAAGCAAAAGGAGCCGUUUCCGUUUCCCCGACAACCGUCUGGGCCGAAAGUCUUCCAUUAUGAACCAGUCCCUCCUGAGCAUCCCGGGUUCGCCUAUCCUCUCCCGCCAUAACAGCAAGAGCAGCAUCUUUAGCUUCAAGGGCCGGAACAAGGAUGUGGGCUCGGAGAACGAAUUCGCUGACGAUGAGCACAGCACGGUGGAGGAGUGUGAGGAGCGCCGGGGCUCCCUGUUCAGCCCGUACCGGCGGAACAGCUACAGCGGCUUCCACGGAAAGAGGAACAGCACGGUGGAUUGCAACGGGGUGGUGUCACUCAUUGGCCCAGGGCUCGGUGGACGCCUUCUGCCUGAGCCAACUACUGAGGUUGAGGUGAAGAAGAAGCUGUCGGGCUCCCUGAUGGUGUCUGUGGACCAGCUCAAUACCUCCUUUGGGCGGAAAGAGCGGGCCAACAGUGUCAUGAGCGUCAUUACCAACACACUAGUGGAGGAGCUGGAGGAGUCUCAGCGCAAGUGUCCACCAUGCUGGUAUAAAUUUUCUAAUACAUUCCUGAUCUGGGAGUGCUCCCCCAUGUGGAUUAAGAUCAAGGAGAUUGUAAACCUGAUAGUCAUGGAUCCCUUUGUGGACUUGGCCAUCACUAUCUGUAUCGUCCUCAACACCCUCUUCAUGGCCAUGGAGCAUUACCCCAUGACCCCUGACUUUGAGGACAUGCUCUCUGUAGGCAAUCUGGUGUUCACAGGGAUCUUUGCAGGAGAGAUGCUUUUCAAGCUCGUAGCCAUGGAUCCAUACUACUACUUCCAAGAGGCCUGGAACUGCUUUGAUGGCUUCAUUGUGACUCUGAGUUUGGUCGAGCUGGCUCUGGCUGACGUUGAGGGCCUCUCUGUGCUGCGGUCAUUCCGAUUGCUGAGGGUGUUUAAACUUGCAAAGUCAUGGCCCACCCUCAACAUGCUAAUCAAGAUCAUUGGUAACUCGGUGGGAGCCCUGGGAAACCUGACUCUGGUGUUGGCCAUCAUCGUCUUUAUCUUUGCCGUGGUGGGCAUGCAGCUGUUUGGAAAGAGUUACAAAGACUGUGUGUGUAAGAUUGCAAGAGACUGCGAGCUGCCCCGCUGGCACAUGAAUGACUUCUUCCACUCCUUUCUGAUCGUCUUCCGGGUCCUGUGUGGUGAGUGGAUCGAGACCAUGUGGGACUGUAUGGAGGUGGCAGGCCAGGGAAUGUGUCUCAUUGUCUUCAUGAUGGUCAUGGUCAUUGGUAACCUGGUGGUGUUGAACCUGUUCCUUGCCUUGCUGCUGAGCUCCUUCAGCGCUGACAACUUGGCUGCGACAGAUGAUGACGGUGAGCCCAACAAUCUACAGAUCUCCGUCAUGCGCAUCAAGAAGGGCAUUGCGUGGAUCAAGGCAAAGACGCGAGUGCUAGUUGCGAGUUAUUUGAAGAAGUCGCCGAUGGAGGACGAGCAGAAGCCCUUGGAUGAUAUGUAUGACAAGAAGCCAAGCUGUAUUGCUAAUCACACCGGGGUGGACAUCAACCGUGACCUGGACUAUGCCAAGAAUGGCAAUGGCACCACCAGCGGUAUUGGAAGCAGCGUGGGCAAGUACAUGAUCGACGAAGACCACAUGUCGUUCAUCCACAACCCAAAUCUGACGGUUUGCGUGCCGAUAGCCGUUGGAGAGUCCGAUUUUGAGAAUCUCAACACAGAAGACUUCAGUAGCGAGUCGGACAUUGAGAACAGCAAAGAGCUGGAUGACACCAGUUCUUCAGAGGGCAGCACAAUUGACAUCAAACCAGACGUGGAAGAGGUGGUGGUGGUGGAGACGGUGGAGGAAUAUAUGGAGCCAGAAGCCUGUUGGACAGAUGCUUGUGUGGCCAAGUAUAAGUGCUGUGAUGUUGACAUCACUAUGGGCUGGGGAAAACCCUGGUGGUUCCUGAGAAAAACCUGCUACUUGAUUGUGGAACACAACUGGUUUGAGACCCUGAUCAUCUUCAUGAUCCUCCUCAGUAGUGGUGCCUUGGCCUUUGAGGAUGUGUACAUUGAGCAGAGGAAGACCAUUCGGAUCAUUUUGGAGUACGCAGACAGGGUUUUCACCUACAUCUUCAUCCUGGAGAUGUUGCUGAAGUGGGUUGCCUAUGGUUUUGUCAAAUACUUCACCAAUGCAUGGUGUUGGCUGGACUUCUUCAUUGUCGAUGUCUCUAUAGUCAGCCUUGUAGCUAAUGCGCUGGGCUACUCCGAUCUAGGGCCCAUUAAAUCACUCAGGACACUAAGGGCCUUGAGACCCCUCAGAGCCUUGUCACGUUUUGAGGGGAUGAGGGUGGUAGUCAACGCCUUGGUGGGUGCCAUCCCUUCCAUUAUGAAUGUGUUGCUGGUUUGCCUCAUCUUUUGGCUGAUUUUUAGUAUCAUGGGGGUCAACCUAUUUGCGGGCAAGUACUACUAUUGUUUCAAUGAGACAUCAGAGGAAUACUUUUCUGUCGACGUGGUCAACAACAAAACCCAGUGUGUGGCACUCAUUCACGAGAACAACACUGAGGUCAGGUGGAAGAAUGUCAAGAUCAACUUUGACAAUGUGGGCGCCGGCUACCUCGCCUUGUUGCAAGUGGCUACAUUCAAAGGCUGGAUGGACAUUAUGUAUGCUGCUGUGGAUUCCAGAGAGGUGGAAGACCAGCCUGACUAUGAAGUCAACAUCUACAUGUACAUCUACUUUGUCGUCUUCAUCAUUUUCGGCUCCUUCUUCACCCUCAACCUCUUCAUUGGUGUGAUCAUCGACAAUUUCAACCAGCAGAAGAAAAAGUUUGGAGGUCAGGAUAUCUUCAUGACAGAGGAACAGAAGAAGUACUACAAUGCCAUGAAAAAACUAGGGUCUAAAAAGCCACAAAAACCGAUUCCUCGACCGCAGAACAAGAUCCAGGGCAUGGUGUUUGAUUUUGUGACACAGCAAGUCUUUGACAUCUCCAUCAUGAUACUAAUUUGCCUCAAUAUGGUAACCAUGAUGGUGGAAACUGAUGACCAGUCAGAUGAAACAGAAAAUGUCCUCUACUGGGUCAACUUUAUCUUCAUCGUAGUCUUCACGACAGAGUUCUUGCUGAAACUAUUUGCUCUGCGCCACUAUUACUUCACCAAUGGAUGGAAUAUAUUCGAUGUGGUGGUGGUCAUCCUGUCCAUUGUUGGCAUGUUCCUGGCUGACCUAAUUGAGAAAUACUUUGUGUCACCAACCUUGUUCAGGGUGAUCAGGUUGGCUCGUAUUGGACGUAUUCUUCGUCUGAUUAAAGGAGCCAAGGGAAUUCGGACCUUACUUUUUGCUCUGAUGAUGUCACUGCCAGCUUUGUUUAAUAUUGGUCUACUACUCUUCUUGGUCAUGUUCAUCUUCUCUAUAUUCGGCAUGUCUAACUUUGGCUAUGUAAAACAUGGAGCAGGCAUUGAUGACUUGUACAACUUCGAGACCUUUGGCAACAGUAUGAUCAUUCUGUUUAUGAUCACCACGUCAGCUGGCUGGGACGGGUUACUACUGCCAAUCCUCAACUACCCACCAGACUGUGAUCCCAGAUUAGAGAAUCCUGGUACAUCAGUGAAGGGUGACUGUGGUAAUCCCUCCGUAGGAAUCUUCUUUUUUGUCAUGUACAUCAUCAUCUCUUUCCUCAUUGUGGUCAACAUGUACAUUGCCAUCAUUCUGGAGAACUUCAGUGUCGCCACAGAGGAAAGUGCAGAUCCGCUAAGUGAGGAUGACUUUGAGACCUUUUACGAGAUCUGGGAAAAGUUUGAUCCCACCGCCUCUCAGUUCAUUACUUUUGCCAAGCUGUCUGACUUUGCUGAUGCUUUGGAGCACCCUCUUCGUGUGCCAAAGCCCAACACUAUAGAACUUAUUGCCAUGGACAUGCCCAUGGUGAGUGGUGAUCGCAUUCACUGCCUGGAUAUUUUAUUUGCCUUCACAAAGCGUGUGCUGGGUGACAGUGGUGAGUUGGACAUGCUGAGGCAGCAGAUGGAGGAGCGUUUCGUGGCAGCCAACCCAUCCAAGGUGUCGUAUGAACCCAUCACGACCACCCUCCGCCGCAAACAGGAGGAUGUCUCUGCCAAAACUAUCCAGAAUGCCUACCGUUCCCACCUCAUCAGACGUGGCAUCAUCUUCAAGCGCCACACUUUUGCUAACAAUAAGCUUGAAAAUGGCGGGACCAACCAAGAGAAGAAGGAGAGCACACCGUCCACAGCCUCUCUCCCAUCAUAUGACAGCGUGACCAAACCUGACAAGGAGAAGCAGGACAAAAGCAAAGAGGAUUGGGCCAGGAAAGAGAAGGACAAAAACCAAAAAGAUGAGUGGGAAUCCAAGUGUUAG